CGCGCGGGGGUGUUUAAACCGCGGCGGCGGUUGCGGGUCACAACGGAGCAGCGGGAGCGGCGCGGCCGGGCCGCAGAAUCCACCCAGUUUGGUGGGAACCAUGGAGAGGGUGCUAAGAGCAGAGUGCGAGGAGCAGCUGGCAGCUGAUCUGAGCCAGCCAAGCUCCUGGCAGGGAUGCUGCGAGGUGCCUUUGUGUUUCCACUAUGAUCCCUAUGCUGACACAUCCAUUGAUUCUGGCACAUGGCCAGCCCUUCCCAUGGAUCAGAGGGAAACCAGGAGGUUGGUGAUGAAGAGGAAGGUGCUGAGGCACAGACCCGAUGGAAGUGUGGAGGUCUCCGAUGAGUCACCGAGCAUUGAGCCAGAUAUAAACACCAAUCCUUGGAACCUGGGGCAUUCCAGGACUUUUAUGGAUCACAGCAUCUCCAAAGGGGAAAUAGAGACCAGCAGUGGCACCUUGGAGGACUACCUGCACUAUGAUGAUGAUGACUGGUUCCUUGAGGACAGGCCCUUCUCUCAACUUGGGGAUUUUGGGAGCGACACUAUAUCCAACCGCUCCGUGCCAGGGCGACCGCCCACGGCGACCGCUUACAUUGCUCCACAGGCUGAUAGAGUGAAGAGAACUGACCCAGUGGCCAAACUUAAUGCAUAUAGGCAAGACUGGAAGAGAUUCAGCUUUCCCGGGCAGGAUUCACAUCAGAGCGUGCGCUGGGCCAUGCGGAACCAGAUGCUGCAGUCGGAGCUGCCGCGCCGGGCACAGAAGCGCCUCGUCCCCAACACGUACGAGGUGCCCACCAUGAAGAAGCGUGACUCCCUGCGCUUCGGCGUGCGCUGGGACCUGGCCCACUGCCACAUGCCCCGUCGGAGCACCUCCUCCUAGAGCCCCAGCCCCGCUGCUUUCUCCUCCUCAACAUCCUCCGUAGUAUGGAAAAUUCCCCUGGUGUGCUUCAAGCAGCUUAAGCUUUGGUGUGGAGGAGAUUUUCUUUGCAAUGUCUCGGCAAUAUCUUUCUUUCUCAAUAAAGCAUUUGCAAAGAUUC